UGAAAACCAGUCUUCUUGUCUUCUGGUUGGUCAGUCUUCCGGCUCAUUCUUUUCUCUCUGAGCCUUAUAGUAUCGAGCUAUGUACACCAUCCGCCCAUUUGGGAAGCCAUAGACCUUGUACUCAUUGAAACGCCUCCUUGAUACCAUACAACUUUCGGGGCGCCUUCCGACACGCCUGACGUGUGCCCAACAUGCCCAGCGAGGCAUCCACUUCUGAAGACUGCGUGUCGAAAUCAGGCAUAGCAACCGACACACAAACAGGCCAGCGUCACAUUCCCUCCAGUACACGAGCAGAUGGAUCAGUGCGCAAAGAGAUUCGAGUAAGACCAGGCUACCGGCCCCCGGAGGAUGUAGAGGUGUACAAGAACAGGACCGCUGAGGCAUGGAAAAAUCGAGGCAAAGGCGGUGUUCCAGGCGCAGAGCCAGUCAAGAAUGACAACGUAGACCAAAGUGCAUCGAGCACAAAGAAUGCUAAGCGGAGGGAAGCUCGAAAGAAGGCUGCAGAUAAAGCUAGGGAGGCAGGGUUGGACCAGUCGCUGGCCAAUACUGCAGACCAUGCGACCGGAACUGCAGUUCCGGUCGUAAAUCAGGGGGAAAUCAUCGAUGCUGAAGAGCAGAGAGCCAAAGAUGCAAAGAAACUCGCUAAGAAACUUCGACAAGCAAGAGAACUGAAGGAUAAGAAGGAUAAAGGCGACCAGUUGUUACCGGAACAGUUUGAGAAGGUCAUUCGUAUCAACGAACUCAUUCGACAACUUAAUGCUCUAGGAUUCGAUGCAGAGGGUGAGAAGAAGGCCGAGGACUGAGCGACCGAACUGCUGAAAGUCUCCACUGAUCUAGACAUUGAUCAAGGUCACUCUGCUUCAACGACUCAAACACCGGAGAAACCAACUAUUCUAUAGAGAAGUUGGUUCCAAGCUACCCUCUUUGGCGGCUAUAUAGUCUCCCCGCACGGC